AAACAGUCGACACGUGUUGCUUUGCAUUGCUUGCUGAGCCGUGCCCCUCACUACUUUUCUGCGUGCAGAAACGCACGAUCGCCUAUGAGUCGUGGUCCCCCAAAGAGCCCCAGUCUUUCCGCAACCAUGUAAGAGCGUCUGGCAGUAUCGGUGCGAAAGGUUGUGUUGCAUUUACCACCGACUUUUUCAAAGAAAACGUUUUACAAGUAAAUACGGAAGCUGAGCUCCUGUGUUUACUCUAAACUAGCAUGGACGUCCGCGACUUCAGUGUUUGCUAACCUGUGGAUGAAAUGUUUCUGCCAAAUCACCUACCGUGAAGGUGCCUGAUGUUUGCAUAGCUAUUUAUGUGUAUUAUCUUGAUAUCGGAACGUAAGCUAUUUAUAGCUAACCACGAUGAUUUUGAAGAAAAUCUACCCUAUCUGGACCUCUCGGGUCCUCUUCAGGAGUUACUACUCCGUAUCACCCCAGCCAGUCCCGCCGCUGGCCCAGACUCUGGAGCGGUACCUGCGAGCCCUGGAGCCCUUGCUGCCCCCGGAUGAGCUGGCCCACACCCGCAAGAUGGUGGAGCAGUUCGGGAAGGAGGGAGGCUUGGGCAUCAGACUGCAGGAAGGAUUGGAGAACAGGGCCAGACACAGCCAAAACUGGAUUUCUGACUGGUGGGUGCACAAGGCCUACCUGGAGAGCAGACAGCCGCUACCAGUGCACUCCAACCCUGCCAUCUCCCUCCCCAAACGAGACUACUCAGACUGGAGAGGACAGCUAGUGUUUGUAUCCAAGCUCAUUGCAGGAGUGUUGGACUUCAAGGCCAAAAUUGACACUGGUCGUCUGCCAGUAGAAUAUAUGCGUGGCCAUCCCCUGUGUAUGGAGCUCUUCCCCCUGCUCUUCUCCUCCUGCCGUAUCCCCGGCCCCAACCACGACCAUGUCUAUCACUAUGGAGGCUCUCGCCGCGGGCCCUGGCAUAUUACUGUGGUCCGCAACUACCAAUUCUUCCAGUUGGACGUGUACAACAGUGACGGUACCCCCCUGACGGAGAGCCAGAUCCACGCUCAGCUCCUCCGCAUCCGCUCGCAGUCCUGGAAGACGGAUAAGGAGCCUAUGGGGAUACUGACCAGCGAGCACAGGCACACCUGGGGGCAAGCCUACAACCGCCUACUCAGAGACAAGAUCAAUAAGGAGUCAGUGAGACUGAUAGAGAAGAGCCUCUUCACUGUGUGCCUGGAUUCGCCAGUCAUGAGGAUCUCAGAUGAGAAGUACGCCAGUCGAAUGGCAGCUCAGAUUCUGCACGGGGGCGGGACGUUCUCCAACAGUGGAAACCGGUGGUUUGAUAAAACCUUACAGUUUGUGGUGGGUGAAGACGGCUCAUGGGGCUUGCUGUAUGAGCAGGCUACUGCAGAGGGCCCGCCCAUAGCAACCCUGCUGGACCACGUACUCAAGUUCUGUAAAAAGCCAGAGAAAAGGAAAACACCACUAAUUCCUCUCCCCAUGCCAAAGAAGUUGUACUUUUACAUCGAUCCAGAGAUUAAAUGGGACAUCGAGAUGGCCAAACAGAACCUAGACAUUCUAAUCAACGACCUGGACAUCAACUGUUUCAACUUCCAGCGCUUUGGGAAGGAGUUUGCUAAGCGGCUGAACCUCAGUCCCAACUCCCUCAUACAGGUGGCCUUGUCCCUGGCCUACAAGAGAGUUCAUGGAGAGUUGUGUACGGCGUGUGACAUCGCCUCCCUGAGGAUGUUCCGCGCAGGACGCACUGACUACAUCCGCUCGCCCACCAACCGGUCAUUCAAAUUCGUCUCUGUCUUUGACGAUCCUGAUGUCUCGAGAGAGGCAAAGGUGGAGUUACUGAGAGAAGCUGUAGCAGCUCACACACAACUCACAGAACAGGCACUACAGGGGGAGGGCAUUGAUCGGCACCUGCUGGGCCUGAAGCUGCAGGCUAUUGAGGAGGGACUGAGCGUGCCCAGGAUCUUUAUGGACACUGCAUACGGAUUGGCCACGCACUGGAAGCUGCGCACGGGACAGGUACCCUCCAACACAGACAGUGUGAUGUGUUUUGGUCCCCUGGUCCCUGACGGCUAUGCGGUGUGCUACAACCCCCAGUCGGACCACGUGCACUUCUCCAUCACAGCCUUCAACUGCUGCGAGGAGACCAACGCAGAGAAGCUGGCCACGACCUUGGAGAACACUCUCUGCGACCUUCAGGAACUACUGGAGCCCACUGCCUGAAAACACUCCACUAAACUAUGCGGCUUAUGCAAAUACACACACACACACACACACACACACACACACACACACACACACACACACACACACACACACACUUUAGAAAGGCAUACAAUGGUAUUUCCCUUUCAUGUUGUGCCUUUGUCAGAUUCACACACACACACUCUGCGCUUUUGAUGGUUGGACUGCUUGUAAGCACAAGCUAAGACUCUUUGGAUAGCUUCCUGUUGGUGCUCUGGCUUUUUGCUCAUUUCGUAGGAAAUAGGGGGUUAACAAUGGGGGCUAUCAGAGACUGCAUCCAUGUCUCUAUGCAGGGAGAAUGGGGUAGUCAAAUGCCCCCGCUGCCAUUAUCAUCUGAGGUGUGAACUGGUUGCCUUGGUGUCUGCUGCUGUUGCCAACUUUUACAAAGUUCUUUAAGGGGUUGUUUUUUUUCUUUGUUUUUUUUUGUGGUAAUUUUUUGUCUAGUUUUGUUACUGUUAUUGAUGAAUCCCAUGUUUGUUAUUGACAUGAAUGCAUUUGCUCUUCGCAAUUCUAAGAAAAUUGUAUUGACUGAAAUAUUUUAAAAGAUGAUUAAAUUGUCAAUUGAUGCUUAUUGA